AUGAGGCAGAUUUCAAGUCCUGAGGAGCUGCAAGCUGCAGCCGGAGCCACAGACCUGCAACCCAAGUUCUGUGGAGACCCUGGUACCCCAGCCAAGGGGAAAAGAGAAGGACGUAGUUUAAUCUACAAGUCAGAGGUUACGUUCAGCUGUAGCGCCCCCUAUGUCCUGGUGGGGUCAACUACACGCAUCUGUCAGGACGACAGCAUCUGGAGCGGCUCUCAGCCACGAUGCAUAGAACCAUCCAGGACGACCUGUGAGAACCCAGGAACACCUGAAUACGGCUCCAUGAACAUCAGCCUGGGGUUCAAGGUGGGCAGUAAGGUGGAGUUCCAGUGCCAGCAGGGCCACCUACUCCAGGGUUCCACCACCCGACUCUGCCUGUCUGACCUGACCUGGAGCGGCUCUCAGCCAACAUGCAUCCCCCACUGGUGUAAGCAGCCCAAAUCCCCUCCCAAUGCAGACGUGGUUGGGAUGGACCUUGCUCUAUAUGGCUACACCCUGCUCUACUCCUGCCAGCCUGGUUUCAUCCUGUCUGGGGGGUCAGAACACAGGGUCUGCAGGUCUGAUGGAAGCUGGACCGGCAAGGUCCCCAUCUGCAGAGUGGGCUCCAAACUGACAGAGAAACCUACCAUACCCUUACAGGGAAUGCCAAGACCCAACAUACAUGUCCCUGAUGACGUCUUUGCCCCUGACUUCAUCUGGAGAGGCUCCUAUGAUUAUAAGGGUCAGAAACAACCAAUGAUUUUGACAAUCACCAGCUUUAAUAGCAGCUCAGGAAUAGUGAACGUGACGUUAAGCGACAGCAACUUGGAGUUCCUGCUGUCCGGAGUGUAUAAGAACCGUGAGGCCAGGUUAAUGCUCCUGCUGUACCAUAUGAAAGCCCUGGCCCACAGCACGUAUAAUCAGGUUACAGAGGAGACCUGGGCUAUGGAUGGUUUUGUCUCAGCUGAACCUGAUGGUGGCAGUUAUGUAUUCCAAGGCUUCAUACAGGGGAAAGACUAUGGACAGUUCGGACUGCAGAGACUAGGUAUGAAGGUGAGAGAGACGAACAUCACAACUCCAGGAACUCCUCAUGUCACCAACAGUAGCUUUGUCAUCAUAGCCAUCCUGGUACCUUUCUUUGGCCUCGUGUUGGCAGGCCUGGGAUUCUAUCUCUACAAACAACGGAAAACAGAUCAGACCCAGUACAGCGGAUGUUCAGUCCACGAGAACAACAACGGUCAGGCCACGUAUGAGAACCCCAUGUACGACACCAACACCAAGUCUGCAGAGGGGAAAGUGGUUCGCUUCGACCCCAACCUCAACACCGUAUGCACCGUGGUUUGAAUAUAUGGGUGUGCCAAACGCACCGUGGUUUGAAGAUGUGGGUGUGCCAAACGCACCGUGGUUUGAAGAUGGUUUGCCAAACAAAAAGCUUGUUCAGAAACGCAGCACUGGUUUGAUGAUGUUUGAUGUGUGUGCCGAACGGAAUGCUUGAGAGUUCUUGGUUUUUAAAAAAUGUGACGUCUUAUCUUUAUAAUAUCUCUCUGCAACAGAAAAGCAAAGCACACCUUCAGGAACAAUAGUUGUGUGUAUGGAUGUAGGAUGGGUGAGUCAGCAAGCAGUGCUCAAAUUAGACUGUCCUCUUUUAAAAUACAUCUUCACCAGUUAUUCCUAACUACAGUCUGAGGGUGAUGCUAUUGAAUAAUACCCUCCGACAUAUUGGUGCACAGAGUUGUUUACGCUCUAGUCAACUCAAAGGAUGAAGUGUUUUUAAGGCAACCAAAUGGAACCCUAGUCAUUUCCAGUUGUAGUUAUCAGACCUGGGUUCAAAUACUAUUCGAAAUCAUCCCAAUUAUUUUAGCGUUUGCUCUAGUCUGUCUCGGAGUACCAGAUGGGUGGAGGGUUUGUCUUUUUUCGACUAUAUCUUUUGGGUUCAAUUGCGACAAGCAAGCUCAAUAAAGCCCAGAUAAGGUAUUUUAAAAGAAAUCGAUUGAUUGAUUGAUUUUAUUGGACAUAUUUAAAAUACAUAUAGAGUUGACUCAUUCGUCUGAGCACAACAAUACAUUACAAAUGUAUCAAAUCCUAUUUGAACCCAGGUCUGUCUUCUAGUUUUUUCCAGUAGUAGUAGUAUAUAUCCCCUCUCUCUGCAUUGCUAGGUUUAAUUCCCCUGGAUCUGAUUAAGAGCGUGUCUCAGACUUAAGGCCUCAAUCAGAUCAAGCAUUAACCGAUGAUACCAGACAC